CUCCCUCCAUCCCUUUCUCCCUCCCCACUCGCAGCCGGAGCACGAGCUCACCUGCGGACGAUUUCCAUAUGCGUCCUCUCCCCUUGGUGGUCCUCCAUCGUCGGCGCAGGAGCUCACCAUGACGUCAGGGUACCGCAGGUAGCCGCUGAAGGGAGGUUUGUGUCGUGAGGAAGAAGAAGAAGAGGAUUCUCCGCGGUCCUCGUUGAACACCUUUCGGGCUCGGAAGGGUGACGAUGAGGAGGAUGAGGAUGAUGGAGGAAGGCUGGCUGCUGAUGUUGCUCCUGGCGCUGCUCGCCAUUGCGGGAGGCAGCCUCGGGGCUGAUACGGAAGAGCGAUUGGUGGAACAUCUUUUAAACCCCGCCCACUACAACAAACUGAUCCGUCCUGCCACCAACGGAUCGGAGCUGGUGACUGUGCAGCUCAUGGUGUCGCUGGCCCAACUCAUUAGUGUGCAUGAACGAGAGCAGGUGAUGACCACAAACGUCUGGCUGACACAGGAGUGGCAGGACUAUCGGCUGACUUGGGUCCCCGAGGAGUUUGACGGCAUGAUGAAGGUCAGGCUGCCCUCCAAACACAUCUGGCUGCCUGACGUGGUGCUCUACAACAAUGCCGACGGUGUGUACGAGGUGUCGUUCUACUCCAACGCGGUGGUUUCUUACGACGGCAGCAUCUUCUGGCUACCGCCGGCCAUCUACAAGUCGGCCUGCAAGAUCGAGGUCAAGCAUUUCCCCUUCGACCAGCAGAACUGCACGCUGCGUUUCCGCUCGUGGACUUACGACCGCACCGAGAUCGAUUUGGUGCUGCGCGCCGACGUGGCCAGCAUGGACGACUUCACGCCCAGCGGCGAGUGGGACAUCAUCGCCCUGCCGGGUCGGCGGAACGAGAACCCCGCCGACCCGGCCUACGUGGACAUCACGUACGACUUCAUCAUCCGUCGCAAGCCCCUUUUUUACACCAUCAACCUCAUCAUCCCGUGCGUGCUCAUCACCUCGCUGGCCAUCCUGGUCUUCUACCUGCCGUCCGACUGCGGCGAGAAGAUGACGCUGUGCAUCUCCGUGCUCCUGGCGCUCACCGUCUUCCUGCUGCUGAUCUCCAAGAUCGUGCCGCCCACGUCCCUGGACGUCCCCCUGGUGGGCAAGUACCUGAUGUUCACCAUGGUCCUGGUCACCUUCUCCAUCGUCACCAGCGUGUGCGUGCUCAACGUGCACCACCGCUCGCCCACCACGCACACCAUGCCCCCGUGGGUCAAGGUGGUCUUCCUCAACAAGCUCCCCGCCUUGCUCUUCAUGCGCCAGCCCAGGAAUAGCUGCGAGAGGCAACGGCUGCGUCAAAGACGGAGAGCCCAGGAGCAAAAGGAGGGCGGGCGCAGCGGCGAGGCGGGGGCCCUGAUGGUGGGGCUCGGCUUGGGCGGCGCGGGGACUUCCACGGCGGGCGUGUUCGCCAAGGAGGACGCCGACCCGUGCACCUGCUAUGUGAACAGAGCGUCCGUCAAACAGUUUGGAGGAGAUCCCGCGAGCACGGGAGGCGGUUCCAUGGACGGUCUGAACAGGGUGAGAGAGAACCGGGAGGGGAGCUCCGGCAACCGCGGGAAGCAAGCCACGGGAGGUCAGGCUCUGACUCAAGCCAUCCUGGCUCAAGCCUGUCCGGGUUUUGACGAGGCUGUGGAAGGAGUGCGCUUCAUCGCCAACCACAUGAAGAGCGAGGAUGAUGACCAGAGUGUGAGCGAGGACUGGAAGUAUGUCGCCAUGGUGAUCGACCGCCUCUUCCUGUGGAUCUUCAUUUUCGUGUGCGUGUUCGGCACCGUGGGUAUGUUCAUGCAGCCCCUCUUCCAGAACUACACAGCCAAGACCAUCCACAUGCCGGGCUGAUCGUCCACACGCCGCCAUCGCGCCGACGGGACAGCGCCCCGCCGCCCCGCAGCUGGGAAGGGGGUCUUACCGGAUCUGCAAGACAGGAAGUGAACAGCAGCCUCGCCCCCUUUAUACAUUUUUUUUGUUCGGAACUAAUUUCUUGUGAAAGGAAAGGGAAAAAAAAAAACUGACUGGCCCUCCCCGCUCGCCGUAAGUCCUCGCCACCUCACCGCGACCGCUUCGUCCCGCCUAGAUAGGUCGCCGUCAGGUCACAAGGGGGGGGAAAGGAGGUUUCAAACAUAUCACGGUUUGUCUAUUUUUAAUUUGAAUCGACAUUGUAGGUUCUAUCAUGGACUCAUGUGACCGAUAGGCUCGAAAGAAUGUGAAGAAGAUUUUAUAUGGAGAGAUCAUGAUGUACACGCCUCCUCAUUAUUGCAAAUGGAGAAAAUGCACGUGAAUGAUAAGAAAGGGAGCUCAUAUGUGACCACCUCCAUUUUCUUGCCUUUUUCCUUUCCUCUAUUUUUCUCAUUGACUUUUUCCCUUAUUGCUUUUCUUUCCUCCCAUAUGUUUUCUUUUUCUCUUUUCUCCAGUCUCCAUUCCUUUUCUGUGUAUUUCUCCAAUUUCAUUUUCUUUUUUAAAAUACUGCGCACCUCCCUUUUCUCUCCACCCCUCCCCUCCCCUUUCUUUCCUUCCUUCCUUUCCUCAUCCUCUUAAUUGUAUGCAAGCGUCCAUGACCGCAUCUUCCAGAAAAUACGAUGCCAUACCCUUUCCUCUAUUUAUCAUCUUUGAUAUCAUCUUUCCAAACCAUUUCCAUCUUAUUGGAUUUUCAGAUAUAGAAGAGAAACAUUUCAUCUCGAGAAUGCCUGUUAAGUGCCGCAUGUCCUGCGGCAGAAGAGCGAAAGUUUAUUUUUUUGGAUUUGGUUUUCCUUUUUUUUUUUUCCCGGGCACACGCUGCAGGGUAGGAAGUGCAGCUGAAUGAAUUUUUUAAUAAACAAGAGAGAAAUGACAAGAGGAUCAACUCUGGCGAAUGAGUCACAGCAGCUUAAAAGAUUCACAAACAAGAAGCAGGAACGAGGCCAAAUGACACUGAAUUAUAUACAUUACAUAGCGACAGCGUGAUGUCGGCCGCUAGCAAGAGCACAAGUCAGCUUUUCACGCAGGGUUUGUAUCGCUGACAUUGGGUGGGGGGGGGGGAGGAUAGACAAAAAUCACUAAAUCAUAUUUAGCUGUGAGUUUGGACACUCAUGCUGACUCUGGAAGGUCGGACAAUUUCAAGACCAUCCGUGAAACAAGUCUCUCUUUGACCUGUCCACUGGUUCCUCCUAUUCUUCUCACUGAUGCUGCCAUUAUGACUCACCCCUAUCGUUCCCUUUCCUUUCACCUUCCCAGAUCCUGCAUACUCACCAAGCCCAAACAAUGGCAGUCCAAUAAAGGUUGUAGGUUGCGAUUAUUUCAA